GAGCUGAACCUCGAUGACUCACAAGAAAGACUACUGAGUGUUUCCAAACAUUGGGGUCUCCAUUAGGAUUUCUAAAAAGAAAAGAGGAGGUCUUCAGGCAAAUUAAACCAAGUGGCCCCACCCUUCUGCUCAACGCUGUCAACCUCAUCCUUCUUUAAAACAGCGUCGAACCCCAAAACACCGGAUUCGUCCCCACGUCAACUAACGAGGACUAACUCCUGCGACUUCGUCUCCAAGCUGCACUGCGGACAUUCCUUUGAAAUCACACGAGGACGAUCCCGUCGUUUCAAAACCAGAAGUGCCAGCCACAGGCAUCGGGUCGUGUGUGUGUGUGUGUGUGUGUGUGUGUGUGUGUGUGUGUUUUUCCACAGCGGUGUAAGACUUCUUGUCUUGUUUUCAUUCUCAGUCCAACAUGUAUCAAGUAGUCAGGAAGCUGUUUUUUACGGACUGCCGCUGCGCGGAAGACGCGUCCAACGUGUACGAUGAACUGUUCGCCAAGCUGGACACCAACAAGGAUGGAAAAGUGGAUGUGGCCGAGCUGAAGGCAGGCCUGGCUGCGAUGGGCAUCGCGACCGGGAAAGGAGCCGCUCAGAAAAUAAUUUCCUCUGGAGACAAGGACAAAGAUGACGGGCUCGACUUCAACGAGUUCUCCAAGUAUCUGAGGGAACAUGAAAAGAAGUUACGACUUACCUUCAAGAGCUUGGACAAAAACAAUGAUGGUCGAGUGGACUUUAUGGAGAUAAAGCAGUCGCUUGCCGAUCUGGGACUGGACAUCAGCCAAGAGGAGGCGAAGAAGAUCCUUCAAAGUAUCGAUGUGGACGGCACCAUGACUUUAGACUGGAACGAAUGGAGGCAGCAUUUCCUGUUCAACACCGCCACCAACCUGCAGGAGAUCGUCCGCUACUGGAAGCACUCCACGGUGCUGGACCUCGGGGACAGCCUCUCCAUCCCAGAUGAGUUCACGGAGGAAGAGAAGACAUCCGGCAUGUGGUGGAAGCAGCUGUCAGCGGGGGCCAUGGCCGGCGCCGUGUCCCGUACAGGAACCGCCCCGCUGGACAGGAUGAAGGUGUUCAUGCAGGUGCAUUCCUCCAAGAGCAACAAAAUCAGCCUGGUUGGUGGUUUUAAGCAGAUGUUAAAAGAAGGAGGCGUGGCGUCUCUGUGGAGAGGAAACGGCAUCAACGUACUGAAGAUUGCUCCGGAGACGGCCAUUAAAUUUAUGGCCUAUGAGAAGUACAAGAAGAUGCUGUCCAGUGAACCAGGGAAGGUCAAGACCCACGAGAGGUUCCUGGCUGGAUCGCUGGCUGGAGCCACAGCACAAACUGCCAUCUACCCCAUGGAGGUGAUGAAGACCCGUCUGACCCUGAGGAAGACCGGACAGUACUCGGGAAUGUUUGACUGCGCCAAGCAAAUCCUGAAGAAGGAGGGAGUGAAGGCAUUUUUCAAGGGAUACGUUCCCAAUCUUCUGGGCAUCAUCCCCUACGCUGGCAUAGAUCUGGCCGUGUACGAGAGCUUGAAGAACUUCUGGUUGUCCCGCUACGCUAAAGACUCGGCCAACCCCGGCAUUCUGGUGCUGCUCGGCUGUGGGACUCUCUCCAGCACGUGUGGCCAGCUGGCCAGCUACCCGCUGGCUCUGAUCCGCACCAGGAUGCAGGCCCAAGCUUCUCUCGAGGGCUCAGAGCAGCUGCCCAUGAAUCUGAUGGUGAAGAAGAUCUUGAAAAAGGAAGGCUUCUUCGGACUUUACCGCGGCAUCCUGCCCAACUUCAUGAAGGUCAUACCGGCUGUCAGCAUCAGCUACGUGGUGUACGAGAACAUGAGGGAUAGCUUGGGUAUCCAAAAGUAGGCAGCGGGGGUCAUCUGUGACUGUCUGUGUCCGUGAGCGCGAUGAGCCGGAUUUCUUUAUUUCAAAACGUGUCACUUCUAACACAUUAGGGAAGCUGUCAUGUAAAGAGCUUGUUUACCUUUAGGUCACCAAAGACUCAAAGCACUGCAGAUGGAGUCAAUCCAGGACUGACUAAAACUGUUUUGAAAAUGACACAGAUUUAAGUGCACCGUCAGUCUUGGAUCGACCGAUUUUCAGUUUAAUAGCUUUAUACACUGUUUCCCAAAAUAUUGUGUAAUAUUGUGCGAGUGGGGAGCUUAUUCACCAAGAAAUGAGGAAACUUCGGAAAUGCAAUACUGUAUUUACACUUUGUUGACUGACAUUCUGGUAUGUUUGUCCUUUUUAUGGAAUGGAUUUGUUCAAGCCUGGUGAAUGGGAGUAAUGUGCCUUGUGUGCUUUUCAUAGACAUCUAUGGACCUCACCCUUUAUUUGCCUUUCUAUCCAAUAUGUGGUUCAUUAGAUGCUGGUGUUUACAGGAAUAAAAACAUUUGAAUACAAAAGUGA